UAGAUGCUAUUUCGAAGUUUGGGAUCAGAAGAAGACUUAGGACCUGUCGAGGCAGAUCUGGGGAACACGAGUUAAGAGUUCAUUGUAGGAAACAUGGAGUAGUAGGAGUUGAAAUCCAUUCUUUUUUGAAGAUCUUUCACUGCUUCCUUGUAUCGAACCUAUUCGACCAACUAAGACCAUUGAUUAAUGGAGUUGCAAAUUUCCGAGCGGAAAAUGAUCUGUUACUGUACGGUGGAGCGACUAUGGCUAGGACUCUCUCAGUUUUCAGCACAGGGACUUGA